AUGUCUAAUUAUACAAAUUUAUAUUCUAUUACAAAUAAUCAUAAUACUACUACUACUCAUAUUACUAUUUCUAGUAGUAGUACUACUACUAUUACUACGAUUACUAAUACUACAACUACUGAUCCAACUACAAAUCAUACUACUUAUAUUAUACCUAUGUCAUUAUCUAAACAAAAUGAAUUAGAUUUAGAAUAUUUAGAUCAUAUAUUAAGUUUAAUGCGUUUAAUAUGUGGUAAAAUAUUAACACCAUUAUUAUGUUUAAUUGGAUUUAUAUCGAAUAUUAUUAAUAUUAUUAUAUUAACAAGAGAAUGGAUGAGUUCAUCAACAAAUAUUUAUUUAACAGCUGUAUCUAUAUGUGAUUUAUUAUAUUUAUUAUUUACAUAUUUAUUUUCAUUAUGGUUAUAUCCAUCUAUUAAACAAUUAACUAUUUAUGCUUAUAGUAUAACUUAUAUACAUGGUACUGCUAAUUUAUUUAGUAAUAUAACUACAUGGCUUACUGUAAGUUUUACAUUAGAACGUUAUAUUGUUAUAUCAUCACCUAUUUUAGGUAAAAGAUAUUGUACUAAACAACGUGCACGUUAUGUUAUUAUUAUUAUAUUUAUUAUAUGUUUUUUAAUAACAUUACCAGAUUAUUUAAAAAAAACAAUUAAAUAUAAUAAUACUACUCAUCAUAAUAAUAUUACUUAUAAUAAUAGUAAUCAUCCUAAUCAAUUAAUCAAUAAUUCUACAAAUAUCACAAUUAAUAAUCAAUAUUUAGUUGUUGAUACACAAAUCAAUAUUAUUUUAAUUAAAAUUGGUUAUGAUUAUAUUAAUCAAAUAAUCUUUAUUAUAUUACCAAUGAUAUUAUUAAUUAUAUUUAAUAGUUUAUUAAUACGUUCUGUAAUGAAAGCAAAUUAUGAUCGAAGAAUAUUAAUAAAACAAGGUAAUAAUAAUAAUAAUAAUAGUAUUCCAUCGAUCAAUAUUAUAAAUGAUCCAAAAAAUAUUGAUUUAUUACCUAAUAGUAAUACUCAUGGUAAUAAUAAUGAUAGUGUUAAUACUAAUAAUGGUGGACGUAAAUAUAGUAUGAUACAAUUAAAUCAAGAAGCUACAACAAGUCAAAUAGUACCAGCUAUUGUACGUGAUGCAUUAGAAGCAAGUAUGAGAACAACAAUUGGUAUAACAUCUAGUAUAACACAAUCAUUUCGACCGAUGAAUUAUCAUACAAAUCUAUUACCAAUUAUGAAUAUAAAACGUACAAAAUUAGGUGAACAACAUCGUAUAACAUUAAUGUUAAUAACUAUUGUAAUAGCAUUUGUAUUAUUACAAUUACCAAGUAUGGUACCAACCAUAAUAAUGAAUUUAUGGAAUACAGGUAUUAUAAAAUCAACACAAUAUACAACAAAGUGCCUAUUAAUCUAUGCUAAUAUAUCAAAUGUAUUAUUAAUUAUUAAUGCUGCAUUAAAUUUUGUAUUUUAUUCAUUAUUUUCAGCAAGAUUUCGUCAAACAUGUUAUAUACUACUGAAAAAUAUUACUUGUUUAAAACAUUUUUUAUAUCAAUAA